UCAGCACAAGUGGGCUAGCAGUGGGAGAGAGUUUUUGAAAAGAUGGUUUCAAUUAAAUCUCCGUCUCUGGUGCCGGUGUCCUGCGCGCAGGCUCUGCUCGCUGUGGGCUGCUUGACUGUCGCUCUCCUCGCCUUCCUGUUGGUUCGCCAGCUCGGCAAGCAGAGAAGACCCCCGGGCUUUCCUCCUGGUCCAUCUCCCAUCCCUGUGAUAGGAAACAUCAUGUCUCUGGCCAACGAGCCGCACGUCUUCCUCAAGAAGCAGAGUGAAGUUCAUGGACAGAUCUUCAGUCUUGACCUGGGAGGCAUCUUGACGGUGGUAUUAAAUGGAUAUGACUCUGUCAGGGAAUGCCUUUACCAUCAGAGCGAGGUUUUCGCUGAUCGUCCAUCACUGCCUUUAUUCAAGAAAAUGACCAAAAUGGGUGGGCUCCUAAACUGUAAGUAUGGCAAAGGCUGGAUUGAACACCGUAAACUGGCUUGCAACUCUUUCCGGUACUUCGGCAGCGGCCAGAGACUGUUUGAGAGGAAGAUCUCGGAGGAGUGCAUGUUCUUUGUUGAUGCCAUCGAUGAACACAAGGGAAAGCCCUUCAAUCCCAAACACCUGGUGACCAACGCUGUGUCCAACAUCACCAACCUGAUCAUCUUUGGACAGCGUUUUACCUACGACGACCGCAACUUCCAGCACAUGAUCGAGAUAUUCAGUGAGAACGUGGAGCUAGCAGUGAGCGGCUGGGCCCUCCUCUACAACGCCUUCCCCUGGAUUGAGUAUGUGCCCUUUGGAAAACACCAGAAGCUGUUCCGCAAUGCCUCUGAAGUGUAUGACUUCCUGCUGCAGGUGAUAACGGGUUUUUCACAGGGCAGGGUGCCACACGCACCUCGCCAUUAUGUUGAUGCCUAUUUGGAUGAGUUGGAGCAGAACGCGGGAGAACCCACCUCCUCUUUUUCCUAUGAGAACCUCAUCUAUUCAGUGGGUGAGCUCAUUAUUGCUGGCACAGAGACCACAACCAACACCUUGCGCUGGGCCAUGCUGUACAUGGCUCUCUACCCCAACAUACAAGAGAGGGUGCACAAGGAGAUUGACAGCAUUCUGGCCACUGGGAGGGCACCCACUUUAGAGGAUAAGCAGAAGAUGCCGUUUGUGGAGGCCGUCCUGCACGAGGUCCUUCGCUUCUGCAACAUUGUCCCGCUUGGUAUUUUCCGUGCCACCUCCCAGGAUGCAAAAGUCAACGGUUACACAAUUCCCAAGGGCACCAUGGUGAUCACAAAUCUCUACUCGGUGCACUUUGAUGAGAAGUACUGGAACGAUCCCGGGGUUUUCUCACCGCAGAGGUUCCUGGACAGCAAGGGCAACUUUGUGAGGCGUGAGGCUUUCUUGCCAUUCUCCAUGGGGAGGCGUUGCUGCCUGGGCGAGCAGCUGGCCAGGAUGGAGAUGUUCCUCUUUUUCACCACAUUGCUGCAGAGGUUUCAUCUUCAGUUCCCUCCAGGAACCGUCCCCACUGUCACUCCCAAACUGGGCAUGACCUUACAGCCCAAACCUUACUCCAUCUGUGCCGUCCGCAGGCAGCAGAAAAGUCCCUGCUCUGCAGACACUCCUUAUAAGGAGUAGGCAAGCAAGAAUUUAUAACAGCUUGUUCAUCUGUUCAAGCCAGGAUUUUACUGUUUUGCACAGCAAUGCAACCACAUGAUACAUCACUCGUGAUUGUGGCGUACAGGUUUGGUGUGUCACAGUUUUUCCAAAGGACUUCCAAGGACAAAAAAAAGCUCUCUACAUAUGGGCACGUGAUUCAGUGAAUUCAGUUAGCGAAUUCUUUUACUGAGCAAUAUGCACGUUUGCACAAUACUUUGAAGCAACAAGGUAGGCGUCAUAGACUUGGUGCUGAAAGGACAUUCUGGGAACACUCGGAAGCUAUUGAUUUGGUUCUCAGUAGCUCAGAGCUGCUCUGAGCCCAGAAAAAAAAAAUGUCUAUGAACCUCUGUGCAGUAGCAAUGGGUUAGGUAUAUGUCAAUGAUUGAUAGUAAGUACACCUAUGAUGGUUCAUAGCCCUGCCUACUCAGGACAGCUUCAGGUCAGACAAAUGACACCACUGAUUUGUACGUGUGGGGCGAAAUGGGGCUUUCCAAGAAGGUUCUGAACAUUGUGUGUUGGAGCUUGACGUGGGCCAAGAUUUACAUCAUCUGGACUGACUCUGACCCCGUCUCCAGGGAUCUGUGGAAAAUGUGUCUCUCAAAGGCAAAUGCAGCCUUGGUGGAUUUCUAGAAAUUGACUAUGCAACACUGAUUU